CUCUCUCUCUCUCUCUUAUUUAUUUCGUUUAAAGAAAUUCCUUGACCUUUGAAUACUUUCAUUUACUAAUCAAAAUCUAGAUUAUGGCUCUCAAGUAAAACGUGUGAUGAUCGAAGCCACCUAAGUAAUAUGUAAAAUGCAUUCAGACUUUACUUUAUAUUUGCAUCAACAAAAAGUUUUAUACUGUCAUCUACCAUAUUACAUAAGACAUAGAACAAACAGAAGGUAGGCAUUACUAAAACCUGCAAGAUCUAGAAUCCAAGCAAGGGCAGUGGCCCACUAUGUCUUGGAUCCUACCAUAUGGUGUGGCCACAACCAAUCGUAUCUUUCUCCAAUGUAAGUAGCCCAUCAGUAGAUCUCAAUCAGUUAUUGAUACGACUUGGUUUGCAUCAAUGUUGUUAUCUCACAUUGGAAAACAAAGCCUUCCUUAAGGGCUUAUAUGUUCUUGAGCCUCUGCAUCCAUAGUCAAUUGGUUUUCGGUUGGAUGUCAAUUUUGGUGAGAGGGUGUGUUGGGAAUACCAUUCCACAGUGAAAAUGUAAGACCUUGCUUAAGAGCUUUAUAAAGUUGGGAACUGUCGAGUUUCUGCAUUGGUGUUGGAUGAAAAGGCCAAGGCUUUAAGUUCUUAUAGAAGGCUUUAUUUUUCUGAUGUGGGAUAAUACUUGCCCUCACAUGUGGCGAGACUGCAGCCAAACAUGUGUACAAAACUUAACCUCGGUGACGUGGAGGAUGUGUUGCCAUUCGGCCUACCACAUCGGCAUGCUCAGAAACAAGUAAUAUUCAUUCAAGUGGCUGAAUCAUGAUGGAGGGGUGCUGCAUUGAGCCACAAUGGCCGGCUGAUGAAUUGUUGAUGAAGUAUCAGUACAUUUCAGAUUUCUUUAUUGCACUUGCUUAUUUUUCCAUCCCUCUGGAGUUAAUCUACUUUGUCAAGAAAUCUGCCGUGUUUCCAUACAAAUGGGUUCUUGUUCAGUUUGGUGCUUUUAUUGUAUUGUGUGGAGCGACACAUCUUAUUAACUUAUGGACUUUUAGCGUGCAUUCAAGAACUGUGGCCAUAGUAAUGGCUACUGCCAAGGUUUUCACUGCUGCGGUGUCAUGUGCUACUGCCCUCAUGCUUGUUCAUAUUAUUCCUGAUUUACUGAGUGUUAAAACUAGAGAGUUAUUCCUGAAGAACAAGGCUGCAGAGCUCGACAGAGAAAUGGGUUUGAUUCGUACACAGGAAGAAACAGGUAGACAUGUCAGGAUGCUGACGCAUGAGAUCAGAAGCACUCUUGAUCGACAUACUAUACUGAAAACCACACUUGUUGAAUUAGGUAGAAUUUUGACAUUGGAAGAGUGUGCCUUGUGGAUGCCAACACGCACUGGGUUGGAGCUUCAACUAUCAUAUACUCUUCAUCAGCAGAAUCCAGUAGGAUACACUGUACCCAUCCAUCUUCCUGUGAUCAAUCAAGUAUUUAACAACAACGGUACAGUAAAAAUAUCACCGAAUUCUCCAGUGGCCAGACUAAGGCCUAUAGCUGGAAAACACAUUCCUGGGGAGGUUGUUGCAGUUCGUGUCCCACUCCUACAUCUCUCUAACUUCCAAAUUAAUGACUGGCCAGAGCUCUCAACAAAACGCUAUGCUUUGAUGGUGUUGAUGCUUCCCUCUGAUAGUGCUAGGCAAUGGCAUGUCCAUGAGUUAGAGCUGGUGGAGGUAGUUGCUGAUCAGGUGGCAGUUGCUCUUUCACAUGCUGCAAUAUUAGAAGAGUCAAGGAAGGCCAGGGAUCUUCUUAUGGAGCAGAAUAUUGCACUUGAUUUGGCCAGGAGGGAUGCUGAAAUUGCAAUUUGUGCUCGCAAUGAUUUCUUGGCUGUUAUGAACCAUGAGAUGAGAACUCCCAUGCAUGCAAUUAUUGCCCUUUCUUCCUUGCUGCAAGAAACUGAACUGACACCUGAGCAGCGCCUGAUGGUUGAAACAAUACUAAAGAGCAGUAACCUUUUGGCUACCCUCAUUAAUGAUGUAUUAGAUCUUUCAAGGCUUGAAGAUGGUAGCCUUCAACUUGAUAUAGCAACUUUUAACCUCCAUUCUUUAUUCAGAGAGGUGCACAGUUUAGUUAAGCCUGUUGCCUCUGUCAAAAAGUUGUCGGUUACAUUAAAUUUAGCAGCAGAUUUGCCAGUAUAUGUGGUAGGUGAUGAAAAGCGCCUUAUGCAAACUAUUCUAAAUGUUGUCGGGAAUGCUGUGAAGUUCACAAAAGAAGGGACCAUCUCGAUCGCAGUUUUUGUUGCCAAAUCAGAAUCCUUAAGAGAUUUCUGGGCUCCUGAUUUUUUUCCAGUGCAGAGUGAUAAUCACUUUUAUCUGCGGGUACAGGUAAAAGAUUCAGGAUCUGGAAUUAAUCCCCAGGAUAUUCCAAAGCUUUUCACCAAAUUCGCACAAAGUCAGUCAUUAGCUACUAGAAAUUCUGGUGGUAGUGGACUUGGCCUUGCAAUUUGUAAGAGAUUUGUAAAUCUUAUGGAGGGGCACAUUUGGAUUGAAAGUGAUGGUCUGGGCAAGGGAUGUACUGCCACUGUCAUUGUGAAACUCGGAUAUUCAGAACAGUCGAAUGAAUCUAAGCUGCCUUUUGCGCCUAAAACGCAAGCAAAUCAUGUACAUUCAGACUUUCCUGGGUUAAAAGUUCUUGUCAUGGAUGAUAACGGGGUCAGCAGGUCAGCGACAGAGGGACUCCUUGUGCACCUGGGAUGUGAUGUAACAUCUGUAAGCUCAAGUGAGGAGUUCUUGCGUGUUAUAUCUCAGGAGCACAAGGUUGUGUUCAUGGAUGUAUGCAUGCCAAGCAUAGAUGGUUUUGAACUCACUGUCCAGAUUCAUGAAAAAUUUAUUAAGCGUCAUGAACGGCCAGUAUUAGUCGCACUCACUGGUAACAUGGACAGGAUGACAAAGGAGAGCUGCAUGAGGGUUGGUAUGGAUGGAGUUAUACUAAAACCUAUUUCAUUAGAUAAGAUGAGGAGCGUUUUGUCAGAACUAUUAGAGCAUCGAGUUCUAUUUGAAUCCACGUAAGAUACAAAUGAAGGCUUGGAAGAAGUUUGAAAAGAAGGCUUCCACGAGCAACUUGUACCAUGUACAGAGGAUGUGGCAUUUAUUGGAGCAAUGUUACAAGAUGAAAUUGUAUGUUGAGGAGCAGUCUCCAGUUUCCAUGUAUUAUUAUUGUUCAAUUGUUAUAAAAUAGAAGCAAAAUGAAUAAUAUUGGUCGUCAUCAAGUGCAAAGUUGUUUUCCCUUCAUAUGGAUGAUUCCAUCUCACCCGAAUUCUGUCUUAUAGAGCAAUAGUGUAUAUUUCAGUUCCCUGAAUAGUGCACUCUUCCUGUUGAAUCAC